AUGGGCUUGCUCGCGGUGGUCCGCAAGGUGGUGACCGCGCCGAUGCGCCUGAUAGAGAGGGUGCGCGGCCACGGAUCCGCGGGCGCGGGCGUCGCCGAGCCCGGCCGCUGGCUCCUCGUCGGGCUCGGCAAUCCGGGUUCCAGGUUCGAGGGCACCAGGCACAACGCCGGGUUCGACGUGCUGGACAUCCUGGCGCGGACGGAGGGCAUAUCGUGGACGGACGCGGCGAGACACCGCGCGAAGGUGGGAGUCGGUAAGAUCGCGGGGGUCCCCGUGCUCCUCGCGAAGCCCCAGACGUACAUGAACCUCAGCGGCGAGUCGGUCCGAUCGCUGUGCCGAUGGUACAAGAUCCCCAACUCCAACCUGCUGGUGGUGUACGACGACCUGGACACGGCGGUGGGGGCGAUCAAGCUCAAGGGCAAAGGCGGACACGGCGGACACAACGGCAUACGCAACAUCAUAGACGAGGUGUGCGGAGAUAAGGUGUUCGCGCGGGUCAAGUUCGGCAUCGGUCGGCCGAAACCCGGAGUCGAGGUGUACGACCACGUCCUCACCAAGUUCGGAGACGACGAGGCGACGGAGCUGGAGAGCAAGGGGACGUGGGCCAAGGCGUGCGACGCGGUGAGGGGGGUGCUCGUGGACGGACUGGACAAGACGAUGUCCGCCGUGAACACCGAACACAAGGCGCCCAAGCCGCAGAAGGAGCCGAAGCAGCCGAAGGAGCCGAAGGAGCCGAAGGAGCCGAAGGAGCCGAAGGAGUCUCCAGCCGCCGCGGCGAACGAAGGCGACGCUCCCGCGGUGACGGUGGACACGAACGUUCGGGACGGCGCGGAGAAGGUGGAGAUGGACUCGACUCCUCUCUGA